CGGGCUGGACGGGCGUCGCUCUGGGGUCGGAAGUCGCAGACAUCUCCCCGGAUGUGGCUCGCUCGCCCCUGACCCGCCUCUCGGCCCGGCCCACCCCGCGCUCCCGGCGCUCCCGGCGCUCCCGGCGCUCUCGGCGCUCCCGGCGCUCCCGGCCGCAGGGCCUCGGAGACUUCCUCGCGAUAGGACAACCGCGGGAAGACCACUCCUCUCUCCCGGGCACAGCGGCGAGCGACCCUGAUUCCAGAUGGUGGCUGGGGGCUGGGCAGAGGGCUGGGGUCACAGCCCGGGUUGCAUUGUUCCUGUGCCCCGGGCUGGCCUCGAUGACGUCAGUCACCAGAGCAGAAGAACAGGAACCAAUGAUGUCCAAGACUCAGGAUCAUCAAUUGCAAUCAAGUCCCAACCCUUUGGAAGUGUUGCCUAAAUCCUCUGCCUCCCUGGAGAUGACGCAAGGCAUUCCAACGGAAAAAAAUCACCUCGGCUGGAGCCCUGAAAAGGGGGAAAGUUGUGAUGCCAACCAUCAGGAGAGACUUCAGUUGAGGUCACUUCAUUUGUCCCCCCAAGAACAGUCUGUCCGUCAUCAAGACAGAAGGCAGUCCUGGCGACGAGCAAGUAUGAAGGAGAUAAACCGACGGAAGUCGCUGGCCCCCUUCCACCCAGGCAUCACAGAGCUCAGCAGAUCCAUCAGUUUGAAGUUAGCAGGUAGCAAACGGCUUGGCGCUCUCCUGCUCUCCAGCUUCCAGUUCUCUGUUGAGAAACUUGAACCUUUCCUAAAGAGCACUAAGGACUUCAGCCUUGAAUGCUUUAGAGCGAAAGCAUCUUCUCUCUCUGAAGAAUUGAAACAUUUUACAGACAGGCUGGAAAGUGAUGGAACUCUACAAAGAUGUUUUGUUGAAGAUUCAAAAGAAAAAGCACCAGAUUUUUCACUGGAAACCUCAGUGGCUGAGGUGAAAGAAUAUAUAGCAAAGUUUUCUUUGGAACGUCAAACUUGGGAUCAGCUCUUACUACAAUACCAGAAUGAGGUUCCACCCGAAGAGACGCCCAGGGAAUCAACUGAAACCAAAAUCACUGAAGUCCAAGUGGAUCCUACGACUUGUCUUGGUUCUUCCCAGAAGGAAGUCCUUCACACAAAGCCUGACUACCAGGAAAUAGUACGGAAUCAGAACCGUGUCUUUGCCUGCAUGGAGUUAGUGAUGGAUGAGCUGCAAGGAUCAGUGAAGCAGCUGCAAGCCUUCAUGGAUGAUACUCAGUACCUCCAGAAGGUGUCACUCCAGCUCAAGAAGAGAAGCAUGGAGCAAUUAGAUUCUUCACCUGCUCGAAAACUGCUCAAACUCCACCUGCCGAAUUCAUCUACCACACAGUGAUCAGGAUCUUGUUGGCGACCUUACCUGUUCUUUCUGUGGUGAGCUGCCAGGGAGAGGACAGGGAAGAGUACCUCCACACACGGCAAGCUCAUAGCACUUUCCUCAGAGCUGGAAAGUUCCGACUGCAGAGCACUUUGACUGUUUCUGAGCGACAGCAUGUAUGCAUCCAGAAGAAUGUUGUUAGAGACACUUUCCGUGGGAAUGUGCAAGAUGCUUGAAAUGACCUUCAGAAACAGUGGCCCAUUCCUUUAAAGGUCCUCAGGGUCAGCACUUUUUAUCCCAUGAAGAUAUUGUCAAGUUUUAAAACAACCCAAAGACAUUUAGAACCAACCUUAACGAAAUGUUCGAGGGGGCAAGUUGGGUUCUUGUCAUAAAAGAAAGAAGCUAAAGUUUUCAAGUGUGGCACUAAGAGUGGCGCAUGAAAUUUUGUUGCAUGAUGGGUGUAUUUGGAUCAUGUCACAAAAUGCCCAUUUUCUGAAGUGUCCUAAUGUCUGUAGUGUGCUUUAGUUUUUAAUACUGAAUUGAGCUCCUGCAAUCUAAAUUUAUGGCAAGAAAGGGCUAAGACGAUUUAAUUUUUUUUCUCUGGAAAUUCCCCUUUGCCCCGCUAAGAAUUGACCCCAAGGUCUUGCAUGUGCUAAGCAAGCAUUCUCACUGAGCUGCAUCUUUAGUCCCCGUAUUUUAUUUUAUUUUUUUAAAGUUGUUCUAGUUGCUGAAUGGUGCCUAGAACAUAAUAGACCUGUAAGAUAUGUUUUAAAAAUCUUGUGUUGUCAUUUCCUGUGACUGAGGAACAGUUACUUAACCUCUUGUCUAGAACAUUGGAAUAAUGUUAGAAUCCGUGUUUUAAGGACACUCAAAAGAUUUUAAAUAGUAAAAGCCUAAAACCAUAUUAUCAGUUUAUUGCUGAAGACUUAAAAGUUUAGUAGAUGAGCCGGGCGGUGGUGGCGCACGCCUUUAAUCCCAGCACUCGGGAGGCAGAGCCAGGCGGAUCUCUGUGAGUUCGAGGCCAGCCUGGGCUACCAAGUGAGUUCCAGGACAGGCGCAAAGCUACACAGAGAAACCCUGUCUCGAAAAACCAAAAA